AUGAUGCUUCAGCCAGAGGAGAAGGAGAAGAGACUCAGACCUUGAGAAGAAGACAAGAACCGGAACCAUGAAACUGGUGAUAGUCGCCGCGUUACUUGGGUUGGUGGUCGUAUGCAUGGGACGUAGAGCUCACAAUCAUGGAAGAAGUGUGGCUGAUUCGCGCAGUUCUGAAGCUUUUAUCUCUAGACAAGAGUCCGCCAACUUUGCCAAAAGACACAGACGUAGCAACCUUCACAAUGCGGUCUUCGGGACCCCCGUAAGAGACCCCCUGGAAUCCAAGAGAGAAGUGUGUGAGCUCAACCCAAGCUGCGAUGAACUGGCUGACCACAUUGGAUUUCAGGAGGCCUACAGACGCUUCUACGGCCCGAUCUAAAGACCCCGUGCCAUCGCUUCUCUUCCCUUCUUUGUUACGAUACCUUCCUCUUAUCCUGCUUUCUUCACAACGUAUUAAGCUGACCAGUUGACACAACAAACAUCUUCCAGAUGGGCCACACUCUUGUUGCUUUGUGUGUGUUGUAGCUAAGUAGCCAUUACCUCAUGUAGCCAGGCAAGAAUAGCACAGGAGCGGGGGGAGGGGGUUGGUUAUAGGUUUUAGGAUGGGCCCUUUAAGGCCAGCAAGCACUUUAAAUAGACUUUUGCAUGCUGUAUGAGGAGAUAGGAUCAAGAAAGGUCAAAUCUCUCAGACUUAGAUUGCACAUUUCAUUUCUGUUAUACUUAUGUUGACAGGUCCCCUUAAACAGCUAACUGCCGCUUGAUGAGGUAUGAAAAGGCUUUGGGGUGCUUGUAAGUGAGCCAAACGCCCCCCAGGCCUUCUGUCUUCUUCAGUAUUAUAACAUUGUAUUCAGUUCUGUGCACAUUGUGGGGACAGGCGGGUGCAAUGAGGGGACAAUCCAGGCCUUGUGUGCCCCCCCCCCCCGACUGACAAACAGCCCUGAAAUUCGACUUCCCGGCAUGGACCGCGCUUAUCAGGCUUGCUUCUAUAACUUCAAUAUGGUGCUAUGUGGAAUUAUGUUAUUGAAUGUUUUUUAUUAUGAAUAAAUAUGUAUUAGGUUUA